AAAGCCAUAAGUUGUCCGGGCCCAGCCCUACGUUGGUCGAGAUUCCCUACGGCCACCGUCCGUUGCACGCAAUUUGUAAAUCACCUCCAUCGCUCCGCUGCCUUUUUCUGUCUCUUCCUUAACAGCCUUUUUCUCGAUUCCUUCCUUGGUUCUCUCUCUUUUUUUCUAGUAGAAAAAUAAUUGAGGAGCGAAAGCUUUUGGGAAUUUUGCAGCCAAAUUGUUUAGUAUUUUGCUCGUGAUAUAGUUUUGUAUUCCUCAGCAUUUGCAACCCUUUACACCUGUGCUGAAGUAUUUAGAAUCAGGAAAUGGUUAAAAGGUAUGGAGCGUUUUGAUGUGCAGGAAAUAUCAUGUUGCAGUGCAUAGAGGGAAUCAAGCGUUUAUUUGCUUCCUUACUGCGUUGCUGUGAUAUUGGUUUGUAUAAACAAUCAAGAGGCCUUGAAGAUCCUGAACUUCCUGCUAGAGGCUCAUUUGCAACCCUUUACACCUGUGCUGAAGUAUUUAGAAUCAGGAAAUGGUUAAAAGGUAUGGAGCGUUUUGAUGUGCAGGAAAUAUCAUGUUGCAGUGCAUAGAGGGAAUCAAUCGUUUAUUUGCUUCCCUACUGCGUUGCUGUGAUAUUGGUUUGUAUAAACAAUCAAGAGGCCUUGAAGAUCCUGAACUUCUUGCUAGAGAGACCGUGUGUAUGUCUCAGUUCAUUUUUUUUAACUUGUGCUUUUUCUUCCCUUUUUUUGGUAGUGGAAUAAAACAUUUGCAGUUAAUUUUUAUAUAGAAGACACAUCUUGGUUCUGUUAUGGGGUCUAUUGAAUCAUUCUUCUGAACAUUGUUAAUUUACUGAUACGGAUGCAGUCACUGUUAGUGAAAUAGAGGCACUUGAUGAGCUCUUCAAGAAGAUCAGCAGUGCUGUCAUUGAUGACGGGUUGAUUAAUAAGGUUUAUAUAAAUCCAUAUUCACAUUAUUUGCAAAUUAUCAUAAGCUUGGCAAGUCUGUGUUUGGAAGGUUUUUAUGUAAAUUAUGAUGAGAAUUUGGCAAUUAUUUAUUACCGUGGCAGGAGAAAUUUCAGUUGGCAUUAUUCAAGACGAACAAAAAAGAGAGCCUGUUUGCUGAUCGGGUACUCUUUAUCUCUCUCAACUUCUUGUUUCUGUCUUUUGUUAAAUGUGCUUCACUGUACUGUUGUUGCACGUAUCACUAGCACUUUGACCCGUCUAUUGAUAAAUAAUCACCACCCUG